CCCCAUUUUACUUUUAAAAAAUGUCUGUCUCUUCUUUCUUACGCAAAUAAGCGUCAAGAUCAACAUUCUACGACGCUUCUUUUCUUUUUCCUGUUGAUCCCAUAAAAAAAAAUGAUGACUCGUCAUAACACGCCAUUUAGAUUUCAACCGAUCCUGCCACGACGUUUCGCGCUUGAAUUCUGUAUUCAAGCAUCCAAAGGGGGUGCGUGGGUGAUCACUGUGGUGAGAGAUCAAACCCUAUCCAUUGGUCUUGGACUCUGCGCAAGAAAUACAUUCAAACGUAUUUAUUUUGCAUGGAUGCAGCACCAAGAAAACAAAAGAGUUGUCUAAAAGAACUUUUUUUUUAUACCAUAUUCUUUCUGUUGGGUCUCAUUCAUCCAUCUCAAAACAAAGCCAAUUUGCAUCUCGAAAACAAUGCCAUUUUUUUUUUUAGCAGCCAUACCUUUACCUAUGCUGGUUUGGACUGUAUUUUUGUAAAGAGCCUAUACAUGCUUUCACACAUAUCAAUCCCUUCAACCAUCAUAGGACGCAUGAUAGUGACGACGUGAGCGCUCUUGUGCACUUGUUUGUUGUACGCAAUGGCUUGGUUUAUUCACGUUUGGCUGCCGCUUCAAAACAAAUCAUAAAAGUGGCUAGGCGCAAGCUGUCAAUCAACGGAGGAAAAAAAACCAAGAGCAAAAAUUCAAUUUUUUUUUUUUUUCAGGUACGAAAAAUUGGAUACCGCGGCUCCCCGUUGGCCGCGGUGGUGGAUUGACAACAUUCCACGUAAAAUGACCGCUCCCCAACCCCCCCCCCGUUUUCUAAUGACAAAAAAAAAAAAAAA